CCUCACAGUAUGCAUUUCUGUUUAUAUCUUUGGUUAUAUAUUGGAGCCCUGGUGGCACAGUGGUUAAGAGUUCGGCUGCUAACCAAAAGCCUGGCAGUUCGAAUCCACCAGCCACUUCUCGGAAACCCUACCGGGCAGUUCUAUUCUGUCCUAGGGGAUUGCUAUGAGUUGGAAUUGACUCGAUGACAAUGGGCUGUGUUUAUGUGCUUCUCUAUUAUUAAAGUUAUUGCAAAUAUGGUGUUUCCAUAAGCUCUGUCUUUCCAGUGAAUUACCAGAUCUAAAGGAAGUAGUGGAGCUGGCUAGUCUAAAGUGGAGGUAACAAGUGAACUUCUGAGUUUAAAGACUAGGACCCUGAAGGGUUAAAGGAAAGCCCUGAAGUUUGGGGCUGGGUGGUCUGGAGCUCAGGGAGUUAUAUGGACCACUGUGUUGAAGCUGGCACCCUUUGAUCUAGCCCCAGAUGGCUAGGGAUGAGAUUACCUAGCCUUAAAUGUCUAGAGAUGAGCUAAAAGGGCUGCAUGGGUAGCUGGGGUCUUAACUAGCCAGGAAACGGAAGCCAAGAUUUCCAAACAAUGCAUGUGGAGUGGGAUAUGAUAUCCACCAUACAAUUUGGCAUCAGAGAUGCAUGAUCUUGGUGUCCCUGGACUGGUUUGUACAAUUGGUGCAGUGAGCAGGGUGAGAUGACUUGAUUGCAAAAUUCCCUACUCUUAGAUGCAGUAACUAACGACAACAAAAUUACUUCAGUAUUCAUGAAUUUAAUCAACCUGAGUGCGUACGUCUUUAAUUUAAAAUACUUAGUAAUGCUUGUUAUUUCUGUACCUAUCUUUAUAAUGGUUGUUCAUCUUGAAGUACUUGAUUUUUUGGUGAUAUUUUUAUAGAAAUUGUUUCUUAAAUUUCCAGCUAUAAUUACACUAGCAUACUUCAUUGUCAUCCCAUGUUUGUUGAAAAAAUUGUAUUACCUAGUUCCAAAAUCCACUUUGUUCUACAGACUUGGCAUGUGUUCAUUUACGUGAUGGAUCUAAUAUGGCUAGAAUAUUGCCAGGGAGUCAGAAGUUCAGGUCAAGAAGUUUCGUCUACUUCUAAUCAGGAUAAUGAGGAUAACAACGGUUUGGAGGAAGUUUGCUAUACCAUUAUUCAUCAUAGCCGCUAUCAAACGUCCUCCCUGAGCUCCAACGAUGAUGGUUAUGAGAACAUUGACUCCAACACAAACAGAGUGAGAGAAUUCAGAGAUGGGUCGGCAACAGAAUAUGCCCUUCUCAGGACAGCUUGUGUUUCCAGACGUUCUUCCUGCACCCACGAGCCUGAUUAUGAACUUGUGCUGCCUUACUAGAAAUCCUCAUGCUGACUGGCCAUCUUGCAUGUAACAAAGGUGAUAAAGAAUGAGGAGAUCCAGGGGAGUCUUCUCUCUCAGCUGCUCCUGAAACAUCCACUCCUGGUUAGAGGUUAGACAUGACAUAAGUGUACAGUACUAACCUGGGCAAUUCUGAAAUAUGACAUCUCUGUGGUGUAGGUCAAACUAUAUAAAUUGACAUGAUGACAUAGAAUAUUCUGCAUACUUUUGUUUGUAAGAUUUGAGGUCAUGAAGAUAAUAGAAAGCCUUCUUAGAUCAAGAAGCAUCUAUAGAUGUAUAUUCUAGAAUCUUCCAUCCCCGUUUUAUGCUCUCCCAAUUUUGAAUGCAACAUCUCCACCCCCACUUAUCUAUUUUAUUUUUGAGGUAUAGUCCACUCAAUAAACUUUUUCGUAUUCAGUAAUUAAUUUUUUGAGUAAGGAUUCUUUUAUUCAGCAUAUCAUUUUUGAGAUUCAUCCACAUUUAAUCUUAUAUCAAUAAUUUGCACCUUUUUAUUGUUGAGUAGUGUACUGUUGUUUGGAUAUGCCAUAAUUGGUUGAUAUAAUUAUAUGUUGAUGAACAUGUGGGGUAUUUACAGUUUUUGAUGUUAUGAAUAAAACUGCUAUGAAUAUUCUUGAAUAUCCUGCAUUGUGUGGUUGUU